AUGACGUUUGUUAUCAAAAUAAAACAUUUCUUCAUUGAAAACAGCGUGCUCUAAAAUAUUUUGCGUUCUGAAAAUAAAGAAUAAAUAAUUUGUCUUUUUGUUUUUGUUUUCUGUUUUAAGAGGAAAAACAAAUUUUUCCCAUCAUCACUUCAAAAUGCACGAUUUUUACAAACCCGCUACAAGUGAUGACUCCGAUGACAGUUUAGGCUUAAUUGAGGACGAUGGUCCAGUUGUUGUUGCGGACUUUGCCAGCGAUUCAGAUGACUCAAUCGACAUUAGCGAUGACGAUGAUUUCGAUCCCGAUGCUGUUGAUUCAGAUGAUUCCGAUGAUGAUGAUGAUAUGGUCGCCAAUGCGAACGCGACAGCUGCAGGAUCGUCGUCAGGUCAAAAUACAGCCGCCAAUAAUGACGACAAACCAAGUGGCUCCACGGCAAUCGAGGAAAUGAAUGAAGACGAAGAAGAAGACGAGACUGUGCGUGCUAUAAUUGCUGCCAUCAAGAAGCCACGAACAUCACCGCCUGAAAUCAAGCUGGACGAUUUCAUUUCUGACAUAUGCUUUAGUCCAGAGGACGAUAUCAUUGCCAUAGCCACAAUUACAGGUGAUGUUCAUCUGUACAGAUAUGCCAAUGAGCAGAACACGCACUUGAAAACCAUUGAAGUGCAUACAAAAGCCUGUCGUGAUGUUGAAUUCACAGAGGACGGCAAAUUCCUAUUGACAGGUUCAAAGGAUAAGUCAAUUAUGAUCACUGACAUGGAGACUGAAAAACUGAAACAAUUCUACGAUGAAGCACAUGAAGAUGCGGUCAAUAAAUUAAUUGUUAUCGAUGAAAAUAUGUUCGCUAGUGGUGACGACAGCGGAACAGUUAAACUCUGGGAUUCAAGAACUAAGGAGGCAGUCUUUUCCCUCAAAGAAGUCGAAGAUAGUAUUCUAUCGAUGCUUACAAACGAUGCUAAGAAGCUGCUUCUAGUCACAAGUGCCGAUGGCUAUUUAACAACAUUAAACAUAGCUGCACGUAAACUUUUCGUCCAAUCAGAACCCUACGAAGAAGAACUGACUUGUAUGGGAACGUUCCGUGGUGAUUCCAAGUUAAUUGUUGGAACAUCCAAAGGCCGCCUCUACACAUACAAUUGGGGUCAAUUUGGAUAUCAUUCUGAUAUGUUCCCGGGUGUUAAGUCAUCAAUGAGUGUUAUGAUUCCUGUGACUGAUCGAAUUGCGUGUGUUGCUGGCGAAGAAGGUAUAUUGCGUGCAGUUCAUAUAGCACCAUUUAAGACAUUGGGUGUUGUGGGACAACACAGUUUGCCUAUUGAAUCGCUGGACAUAAGUAACAAUGGCCAUUUGUUGGCAUCGAGUUCGCACAAUAAUGAUGUUCGCUUCUGGAAUGUAACCUAUUUUGAAGGUUUUGCUGAUAUCAAGUAUAAUCAAAAACACAAUGCACACAGAGAGAAUCGGCAUAAUUUGCCAUCGUCCAAGUACACAAAUGCAUCAGACUUUUUCUCGGAUUUAGCUGGAGGCGGUGAUGAUUGAUAUUUGUUUAGAAUACUUUGUUAGAGUCAGUCAUUCAGCUAUCAUUGAAAAUUAUUUAAUAAAAUGGUUAAACUUUUUAA